GAACUUCACUCGACUUGCUUACCACUUGGCUCUUUCCUCGAUGCCACUCAUCCCAGCUGGCCUGUCCAGCUUCAACGAGAAGGUCGAAUCAGCUCGAAAAGGCUUCAACUCUUCACUCGAUAAGGCCGGUCAGAAAUCAGGAGUCUUCAAAGGACCAGACAACCCAAAAAACGCUUCAUCUUCCCGACCACCCCCAUCCAUCUCCUCUCGACCACCACCAACCUACUCCCGCCCAUCAAACAACCCCCCACCCCCUCCGCCCACCAGAAACAAGCUCGGCGCACCCCCACCACCACCGCCCAGCCGUCAAGCAAGCAAUCCACCCCCACCACCGUCCAGGGCAAACCUACCUAUUCGUAGAUUUGACUCGCAGCUUCCUGCUCAGAACCAAGAUGCCGUGGAUCAAGAAUCUUAUGAGCCAGCACCACCACCGCCGCCGCCAGUGGCCAAGAGGCCGACAGCUGCACCAGACAGCACCACUCCAUACAGACCACCACCAACCAGCAUAAAUGGAUAUGGCCCACCAAGUAUGGCUCCCGUCCAACCCACAUCUAGAUACGGCCCACCCUCCCCACCCAAGUCAAACUCGCAACUAUAUGAUGAAUCCGUUGCCAUUGAAUCAGAAAAUUCGCAGUGGCCCCAGCAGAGUUAUCCAGAAGAACCUCCACCACCAAUCACGAUGAAGAAACCGACAAACUGGCAAAAUACUGCACCUCCUCAGCCUCAACCAAACCUCUCCAAUCCACCCCGAUUCCUCCACCAAAAGCAUGGACAAAUACCAUUCCCUCCCUUCUCACAAUUCACUCAACAAGACAAAGAAGCCUUCUUUGCUAUGCUCGAUGAAUUUUUCGGUCGGAAAUUUCCCGAUCGUUGUCCUCUCCAGUCUUCAGGUCAAAGAGACAACGCAGGAACAAACAACUCCUCAUUGCCGCCUCAGGUUUCUCUCCAAACACGACCUUCAAUGGCUCAUCUGACACCAAAACAGGACCAAGAGCAUUGUCGGGCCGAAGAGAUAGCCCGAUAUUUCAAGAGCUAUCGACAAUGGACGAGUGGGUCUGAGCAAUGGUACCGGACUGAUGAUCCGGUACCUAAGCCGAUGCAGGGGUUGCAGGAUGUGAAGCGGGUCUCAUGUUGGACACAGACGGGGAACGAGCGCCGACAGACGAACUAUGUGCUCUUCCCAGAUCUGUCGCAACUAUGGAGCGAGGUAGUCUUUGACGUAUCCCGGGCCGAUCCGCCGCGUCAAGCAUCGGCUCGCUUCCGGCCGCCACCCGGCCAAAUCGACGGCCACAGUCUCGCCCAGGCCGCCGACUCCUAUGGCCCCGAAAUCGUCCGCUUCGCCUUCGAUGCCGAACACAGUCGUCAACAUGUUGCCCGUGGCGAAUGCUGGGACUUGGCCAAUGAAGCCCUCAAGGCUUUCCCCGCCCCUCACCUGCAACUCUCUCCUCCGCUCACUAGCAUCUCUCGCACUCAUGGUAUCCUCCUCUAUCAUGGUCGGGCUACCGGGCCUGGGCUGGGACAUGGCUCUUGGAAACAAAUCAACGAUUUUGGCGUCAUUCGUCCUGGUGAUAUCAUCGAAUGGCGUCUCGUUGCUUGCCAUACUGUCAACCCUUCCUUAUCGUUCACUCUGGGCGAUCCGGAUCAUACGGCGAUCAUAGUCGAAGCGAAUGGAAGCACGAUCAGUUCCAGUCGGUCAGCCGAAGAUUGUCCACCGACAAGAUUGGGCCUGAUCACGGUGAUUGAGCAAUCGCUGAAACAGAUCCCGAUCCGACGGACUUACGACCUUGCGACGAUCUCUCGCGGCGAGGUGUGGAUCUAUAGACCCAUGGCCGAGGAUCUCCUCCUUGGACCCGGUUCCAAUCAGUGCUCAUUCCCGCCCCCUUCACCCUCCUUCCUUCCUUCCUGAUCAUUCUCCUUAUCUCUUACCUCUUUCUAUCUCUUUUUUAUUUUGCUCAUUCUUUUAUACAUCGUUGCCGAACUGUCUCCUUUCUCUCACUACUUGUAUUUUUCAUUCUUUACUUGAUGUACCACUCUCUUCCUUUCCCCACCCCCCAAUUAUCAUCAUCUUCAAUUUUUUCAACUAUAUGCUCCCGUGUUUUUUUUGUAAAUGAGUCAAACAUACAAAGAAGAACAAUUUGGUUGUCCUCUUUUUCGCAAAAAUCAACAUCCACAUGGUUUUUUUGUUAAUCAUUUUGAUUGGAUACCCCUUACCGAGGAUUGACGUCAUCGGCGCCGUUGGUGUAGUGGUUAGCAUUGAAG